GAUCGGCCUCGAUGCCAGCGCCAGCGAGGGCGAGGGCGACCGCCUGGUCUUCGUGCCCAUCCGCUGCGGGGAGGCCGUGGCCGCUCUGGAGGACGCGCUGGACGCCAUGAGCAGCAGCCACGGCUGCCCUCGGACCGCCUCGAGCUCCACGCUGAGCAGCCGCCAGGCUGCGCGGGGCGCUGGAGCCUCUCCGCGAGGAGAGGCGAUCUCCCCGUGUUCGGGCGCGACCCCGCCGCGGGUGGUGCCAGGCAGCCAGGGGCGCCCGACGAGGGCGGCGCGGCCUCCGGAG